GAUUUUAAGCGUGUUUGUAAAGGACUCUCGUAAUAAUUUAACAAACGACGAAUUCAAAUCUUCAUGCUUAAGAUCUUUUAUUACGAUUUUAACGCGGAAGGAAAAUUAAUUUGGAGUCCAUACUGAGUCGGAUGAAGACGAUUCUGUCUAACACGCGACGUAAUAUAAAACAUUUUCCCACUUAUACAUGAAAUAAAACGCGUUCUGUUGACAGGGAAAUACAAAUGCCUACUUCCUGGUGGAGUAAAAGGGACAGUGGCUAGAUGUGUUAUUAAUUUAGAAUGACUAAAGUAAAGGUUAUGAUAUGGAUGUUACUCGUGGCACAGUUAAACGUGAAUGUUGGUGCCUCAACAGAAGGAACCACCACUACUUUAAAUCUAACAAUCUCCGAUGUGAAUGUAACACCGCCGAAUGGGAUGACCCAAGGAACGGUUCAAGUAACGGCGACUGACAUUUCUUCUUCUAAUAACAAUGUAUCAGAGACAACGAGUACUGAUUCAACUGAACUUGGGAAUACAACAAUUACUACGACUACUACAGAAACAAUGAGUACAACAAAAGCAAUAGAAGAAACGUCUACACAAUCUUUACAGCAGAGCACAACAACAAUCAAAAAUGCAUGUUCAACGUCAUCUUUUGGACCUAGUAAAAUGAAUUUUGCGUCCUUGAUUGCGAUGUCAGCGGCCGGAGGUGUCAUAGUGCUAAGUGUUAUAUGGAGUAUUUGUAUCUGCUGUUGGUACAGGCGCAAGUUUAAUCGUUUGUUAUCUGAAAAGAAGUCUGAAAAUGAUGCUGAAAAAAGUGUAUUGCUACAUGAAAUGAAUGGCAGGAAAGCGUCUGCAGUUACGUACAGAGGGGAUAAUGUUGAUAAAGACUUCAGCUCUGGCGUAUUGAGUACCCAUAGUAAAGUGGACGAAAGCGAUGAACGAAUGAGCGAUUUGUAUGACGUCACGGAUCCAGACUAUGAAGACGCAGACAAAGAAAUGAAAGUAAAAGUAUCUGAAAAAUCAAGAAAAGUCAAUGACGAUGAUGAAGUUGAAGAUGGCGAAUACGACAUUCUUAAUAUUGAAGACAAGAAGGAGAAACGUGAGAGUGAUUACGCAUGCGCAGAGUUUAAAAAAUCAAAAGAUGACGUCGAUUGCGAUACAUACGAUACAACAGAAACGUGUAAGAGAAUAGUCUGCAAUGGUAACCAUAAACAUGGAAACGGUGAAACGGACGAGAGGCAACAAAACAUAAAAACGCUGAUUCGUCGGAAUCAAAUGGACAAAUAGAUCUAGUUAGUGCAAAUUCCGAAAACAAGACGGUCGUGUCGAAGGACACAAAUGAAGAAAUAAAAUUCCUAGAAAACCCAAAUUUGAAUAAUAUUGAAGAGGGAAAAUGUAUUAAAUCAUAUGAAAAAGAUGUGAAAAAAGAAACUGGUACUGAGAACAAACCUGCAUUCAAUGGAUAUGAGCUUGUGAAGGUUGUCGACGAAAAAGAUGACUCCGUGAAAAGUGAUGUCAGAAAUUCAAAGGGAGACACCAAGAAAGAUGAAACUUUGGAAAAAACAAAUACUAGUUUGGAAACCAUCGAAGUUUGAAAAACACUGAAUAGAUUGAGCCUUGCGGAACAAAAAAUAUUUAAAAAUAAUUUGGUAUUCCUAAUACCAGUAGCAUUCUUCGAUGUUUUGGUGUUAUCAAAAUUUCUUUUAAGAAUACUUUGAUGUAUUGGUUGACAAAAUUUAAGGUCAGAUAACACAUUCCUCAAUAAUAUAUUUUCCUAAUAAAUGUAGUCUGUCAAUAUUUUAAACAUAUUUUAUUGAAUAACUCAAAAAGGAUAUAUAAUAGGUCAAGAUACAGAUAUUAAACUAUAAUACUUGUACAUGAUAAACAAUAAGCUUAUAAUGAAAAAUAAAGACUUACUAUCAAUUAUUAUUCAUCGGUAUUAAUAGAAAAGAUGACAACAAUAUAUUGUAUAAAAAUUAUUUACAUACUGUUCCAGUUUAAAUACAGUGUUGUAGAAAAAUAUGUACAUUUUUGAGUAUUUGAAACGUGUCUCACAAUGUUCUUAAUUACUCUCUCUAAGUAGAUUUUAAUAAAUUCAUGUACAUUUGAAAA